GAAUUUGGCACGAUGCUGAAGUUUCAAACCGCGACCAAAGAAGACCUGAAACUGGCCGCAUCCAUUCAGCGCAGACGGCAGAUAGAUGCGGAAAGAAAGGAACGAAUAUUCAAUCCACGAUUCAGGAAAAUCGGAAUAGACAAGGAAUUCUUGGACAAACAGGUCGCGGAAAAGAAGCAGCAACGCGAGCUGGAACAGGCCCGAGAAUCUCAGCUCGACGAGAAUUUGAUUCGCAGUAGUAAGGUCGCUUUACUGCUGGAAAAAGAACAAGAAGAGGAAAGGCGAAAUAUAAAUAAGGAGAUCGAACACUUUAGACAGCAGUAUCAGCGUGCUGAGCAGCGUCGGGAUUUCGAUCUUUACGAUCCGACUGCUCUUAAAAAAGGCGACGUCCACCUUUCUUUUGAAGCUGGUUUUGGGCAGAAAUUCGCUGGCGAGGACGAUAAUGCAAAAGAACGGUCGAAAGCGCAGAAAGAAGAGAUGAGGUGGUGGAUCGAAAAGCAAAAGAACGAACGUAUGCAGGCGGAGAGGGAACGCGAGGAAGCCGAGAAAGCCGAGGAAGCAGCUGUCAUCUCCAGGGACAAGCGUGCCAUGGCGUUAGAUCAGAUGGAACGGGACUGUCGUCGAAGAUUGAACGAAGCCACCGCGCAAUUUAAUCGAGCUCUGGCUGAGGAGCAGAAGUACCGCCGCCACUGCGAAGCCCUUCAAGAGGAGGAGGACAAGAAGGCGGAUAUCUACAAUCACGUGACUGGGGACUUCCUUACGGAAGCCAAAGAGCAGGCGGAGAGCACUCAUGGACCGCACAAACCGUUGGCCUCACGUUACAAGGGCAUGACUGCGGACGAGCUUAGGGUUUUCAGAGAGGCGCAAACACAGCAGCUGAAAGAAAUCGAGAAAAUGAGAUUAGAGGAGAAGCAAAGGGACAAGGAAUGGGAUCGGUUAAUGAACACCCAGGCAGAGAUAGCGGAUUCGUAUCAACGUGAAAUUGACCGGAGAAGAACAGAGAUUAAGAAGAAGAUAGCAGAGGAGAAUUUGGAACUCGCGCAACAACACAAAUCUCAUCAGAAUUAUUUGAACCGUGUGCUCUACAAAAACAAACCGACUGCAGCCUUUUUUGAACAAUUUAACAGAGACGCCCGUUAAAACGAAAGCUUAUACAAUGAUACGAAUAAAUGACUUUUUUUAUAUGGA